AAGGAAUUGUUCGCAUACCGUAUUUGACCCGCCUCUUAACAGUGAUUGAUUCAACUCUUAUUUCAACCAUUUUUUUUAUUCUCUCUCCAAUUUCACACUAUCCUAAUUCCAGUCGUCGACGACGAAGAUCCAUUCCUUAAACUUCUGAUGAAGCAGUUGGUCUCCCAAAAAUCUUGAACCCGUGUAUGUCAUCGGUUGCUCGGUUGUUGUAUUGAUGAGAAUCUUAUCAGGCUCUGGAGCCCUCUCGGCUCUCGUCACUAUUCUCGUUUGGCUGCUCCCGUUUGGCUCGUUUGCUCAAAAUGAUGUCAACUGCCUCAGAGCGAUAAAAAGUUCUUUGGAAGACCCGUUGGGAAACUUAGGGACAUGGGAUUUCAGCAACAACAGUCAAACAUCUAUCUGUAAGUUCACUGGGAUCGAGUGUUGGCAUGCUGAUGACAACAAGAUAUUGAAUAUCAGAUUGCCGGACAUGGGACUCAAGGGUGGUUUUCCUCAAGGUAUUGCCGGUUGCCAGUCCCUAACGGGCCUAGAUCUUUCUAGAAACAGCAUCAGUGGAAAUAUUCCAAAUGAUAUCUCAAAGCUAAUUGGUUUUAUCACUAGUCUUGAUCUUUCUUCCAACCAGCUGUCGGGAGAGAUUCCUGUGAAUCUUGCGAAUUGCUCAUUCCUGAAUAUCCUGAGACUCGACAACAACCAGUUCACUGGUCAGAUCCCUCUUGAGCUCGGCCAACUCAGCCGGCUCACGACAUUUAGCGUGGCAAAUAAUCGACUGAGUGGACAAGUUCCCUCAUUUGCAAAUGCCACCGUUACAGCAGAAAACUACGCAAAUAAUGCUGGACUAUGUGGUGGCCCUUUACGUCGUUGCGAUGGCAAGAAGAAGGCUAGCCAUACUCCUAUCAUUAUUGCGGCAGCCAUUGGUGGGUUGACCGUUGCAGCUUUGGCCUUCUUGGUUGCUAUGUUCUUUUUGCGCAGAGCUUAUAGAAAGAAGAAGGAAGAUGACCCUCUGGGCAACAAAUGGGCGAGGAGCAUCAAGGGCGCAAAACGCUUCAAGCUUUCGAUAUUUGAGAAUACAGUCACAAAAAUGAACCUAGGCGAUCUAAUGAAGGCCACGAACAACUUCAGCAAUGAGAAUAUAAUUGGGUCGAGGCGAACUGGGACAACGUACAAGGCAACACUCGAAGAUGGGACAUCCUUUAUGGUCAAGAGAUUGCAGGACACUCAACACUCUGAGAAAGAAUUCAUGUCCGAGAUGGAUACAUUAGGCAGUAUAAAACACCGCAACUUGGUUCCACUUCUAGGUUUUUGUGUUGCUAAGAAGGAGCGCCUCUUGGUCUAUACAUACAUGCCUAAUGGAAACCUACAUGAUAAAAUACACUCGAGCGUUGAGGGUGAAGUUAUGGAUUGGCCCCUGCGGCUGAAAGUCGGGAUCAGAGCUGCCAAAGGAUUCGCUUGGCUCCACCACAGUUGCAAUCCGCGUGUUAUCCAUAGAAAUAUCAGCUCGAAAUGCAUCUUGUUGGAUGCGGAUUACGAACCAAAGAUAUCCGAUUUCGGACUUGCUAGGCUCAUGAAUCCAGUCGACACCCAUUUGAGCACUUUCGUGAACGGUGAGUUUGGUGACUUGGGUUACGUUGCUCCUGAGUAUGCACGGACGCUGGUGGCCACGCCAAAAGGGGACGUCUAUAGUUUUGGCGUUGUGCUUCUCGAGCUGGUGACAGGUGAGAGGCCUACACAUGUAUCUAAAGCCCCGGAAACCUUCAAGGGAAGCCUAGUGGAGUGGAUAUCCAAGCUCUCUGCGGCCUCCAAGCUCAACGAUGCAAUUGACACGUCCUUGGUGGGGAAAGGCCACGACAGCGAGCUCUUCCAGUUUCUGAAGGUGGCUUGUAGUUGCGUGCUGCCAGGGCACAAGGAGCGGCCCACCAUGUUCGAGGUGUACCAGCUCCUGAGAGCUAUUGGGCAGAGGUAUGAUUUUACUACGGAAGACGAUAUGUUGAUGCUGCAAGAUUCAGGGGCUGCUGACAACGUCGUCGAACUCAUUGUUGCUCAAGACAAGUAGGAGGAGAAGAUCUACGACCAAAUCAAAGCCAGAGAGGGGGGGAGUGUCUGUUACAUAUUGUGUAAUUAUGUUGUGUUUUAAUAUAUUUUGUGUGCUGAUUUAGAUCAGUGUUCGUAGAUUUCUUGAGUCAAGAUGAGAUUUUUGGUGCCAUUACAUAGAUGGUAUUUUAUCUAUCUUCGCAACGAUGAAUAUAGCUCGUUGUUAAUCA